UAGACACACUCAUGCGUGCGGUGGAUGUGUUGCCACAGGAGGGGAGGAUGAAGAGCGCAGCAAGGAAGGGAUCCCCCUCAGAACUGCACUGAACCAAAGAAAACAGUAGCUAGUCACAGUGUAUGUAUGAGUGGAAGUGAAGUCAGUGCAUUUCCAGGAGUGGACUGCACACGUUUGCUCCAAGGAAGAAGGGAUUCACCAAUGAAAGGAAGCAUGCGGGUCGUGUGAGGGGAUCUGUUGCUGGGAAUACUUAUUGGAAUACUCGGACUAUGUGAUGCAGCGGGGAAAUCCUUCACUUCAUCGCUUUUAAAACUUUCAUUUGUCACCAUGCCGACUGACGACUACAGCUAUCUGCCUGAUGCGUUGCCACCUGUACCUGAAGUCCCGGACUCUGGCUCAGUCCUGAGGUCCAGCGACAUCCCCAACCGUUGCCUCCGCAACCCGGCCUUCCGUUACGCCUCCUUGCGCUAUUGCUCGGCCCACAGCAUGGACUCCUCUCCUGACAACACCGAAAGGCCCGUCAGCUACAGCUCCACCUCUUCCUCUGCUUCCUCCCGGGACAGUCACUGCUCGCUGGGCAGCCGCUCCACCCUCGUCCACACCCCGCACUGUAACCCCGUGAACUCCGACCAGGACUCAGGGGCUAUACGUUUGGAGCUGGUUCCCACCCAGCAGCUAGGAUGUGGAGAGGAGGACCCUAAAGAUGAUGGAGGGAUGGAAACAGGAAGCCAGCCAGGGAGGAAGGGCACUGAACAGAUGCCGGCAGAUCACUCAGAACCGGAGGUGGGUCUCGACGGGGGCGUGGAGCGGAUCGGUCAGGUGCAAGGGCCCAGGACCUAUGUGGAUCGUGUGGUGCAGGAGAUUCUGGACACGGAGAGAACCUACGUCCAGGACCUGAGAAGCAUUGUGGAAGACUACUUGGAGAGUAUCAGCAACCAGGCUCGGCUCGGUUUGAGCACCGAGGAUAGAGGCUCUCUGUUUGGCAACAUCCGGGACAUCUACCACUUCAACAGGGAUUUGCUUCACGACCUGGAAAAGUGCAACGCGGACCCCGUGGCAAUCGCUGAAUGUUUCGUAUCAAAGAGUGAAGAAUUCCACAUAUACACCCAGUACUGCACCAAUUACCCAAGGUCGGUGGCUGUGCUCACCGAGUGCAUGAGGAACAAGGCGUUGGCCAAGUUUUUCCGCGAGCGCCAGGAAUCUCUGUGCCACUCCUUGCCUCUGGGCUCCUACCUGCUGAAGCCGGUGCAGAGGAUCCUCAAGUACCAUCUGCUGCUUCACGAGAUAGCCAACCAUAUGGAGAAGGACACAGAAACGUAUGAGGUUGUGCAGGAAGCCAUAGACACCAUGCAGAGAGUGGCUUGGCACAUCAACGACAUGAAGAGGAAGCACGAGCAUGCUGUUAGGCUGCAGGAAAUCCAGAGCUUGCUGACUAACUGGAAAGGCCCUGAUCUGAUCGGCUACGGCGAGCUGGUCCUCGAAGGAACUUUUCGUCUGCAGCGAGCCAAGAACGAGAGAACGCUCUUCCUAUUCGACAAGCUCCUGCUUAUCACCAAGAAACGAGAAGAAGCCUUCACGUACAAAGCUCACAUCCUGUGCUGCAACCUAAUGCUUGUGGAAGUCAUCCCUAAAGAGCAACUGAGUUUCAGCGUGUUUCACUACAAGAAUCCCAAACUACAGCACACAGUCCAGGCCAAGUCCCAGCAAGAUAAGCGCAUGUGGAUCUUACACCUCAAGAGACUCAUACUUGAAAAUCACCCUGCCAAAAUCCCUGCCAAGGCCAAACAAGCAAUCCUGGAGAUGGAUGCAAUGCACCAUCCUGGAUUUCACUAUAGCCCUGAUGGUGACAAGAAGGAUUCACCGCAGACCAAAGACGGCCCCAACCCUCGCAGAGGACGCAGAAAAGAACCGCUGUCAAAAUUACUGAAGAAUGCCAAGCAAAAUGCUGCCAACAGCGACGGAGAAAAGCGAACAAGUUUGGGCGCAACCCUGCUCUCUCCGGUGUCCCAGCUGGCUCUGGGCACAAUAGGCCGCAGCCGCAGUCUCAUCAACCAAUCACAGGAGUCUUUGGACCCCGGUGACCACUACGACCACAGCGAUAGAGAGGACGGGGAGGAGCCACACCAGCAAGAUGCUGAUGACGAGGAUGAUAGCGGCCUGGGUGGUGGGAAGAGGUUGCGAGUCCCUGGCAAAAGCAGUCGGAAGAGGCUGAACCCCCAAGCGUCCGUGGACAGUAUAGAACAGUGGAAAACCUUCAACAUGAGCGCUUCAGAUCUUCAGAGAGCCAGAGAAUCCCUUGUAAGGGACGGAAGUCACCACCCGCCACUCCGCAGGACCGCUCGCGUGACAGAGGAACCUCCAGAGUCCCCGAUCCCAUCCGUAGUUGUGACAGAUAGUAAUCAUUCUGUUCGAAACAUCUGGGCAGACCACCGCGCUCGCAGGGCCAUGUUCCCCACCAGACAGCGAACCAUGCAGCCCGAUGACGAUGAAGAGGAUAUCUACCAGAUGUUUGUUCCUACAGAGCCAAGCGGACCAGAACCGGAGUUGCCCUCAGAGAGAUCAGAGGCCCCCUCAUCUCCGAGGACAGUACGGCCUUGCAGCUGGCAUGUGGAUCAGCUUCCCUCCGUACAGGUUGAACCUCCAUCCGUCGACAGCAGGGUUUUGCGAAGGGCGAGCAGUGUAGGCGAGAAUGCCACAGAGGCUCGGAAAAGUCCAGAUGACGACCAGGCCGGUCAUAACCUGGAAGUAAUUCAUACAGAGUCCUCCAGCAAUGACAUAUCAGGAUCGUCCUCAGCCGAGCAGCUGACGAUGGAUGACAUUGAAAAUGUGUAUGACAACAUUAGCUAUGAAGACCUCAAGAGAAUGGGCCUGAUCAGAAGAGAUUCGGAUGAAUGCAAGUCACGGAAAGAACCGUCUUCCAAUGCACAGGGUUCCUGGAGCCAAGCAGCUAGGGCAUCGAAUGUUCCAGAUGUCUCAGGCAUCUCAGAGACUAUCAUUAAAUUAGACGGUGGUGCCAGUGAACACAAACAGUUCCCCACCCAGGAAGGAAGACCAGCAGAGACUCCAGAGCUCCAGAUAGUAGAGGAGAACAUCUAUGACUCCAUUUGUUUUCUGGAUCCUCCAGCGAUAGAUGUACAGGGAAUCAAUGUAGGUAAUAAGGCAGAUCCCCAGAGAGACAUUCUAAUGGCAUCUGAGCAAGACUUAACUGGAAGCUUUAAAGAGUUUGUCUCACAGGAGAGCCUUCACUUUGGAGACGCCCUCCACGCUGUCCAGUGUUCCUCAGAGCCAGAGUACUCCUCGUCAUCUGCUUCGUUGGCCUCGCAGCAUUCACAGAAAGGAGAUAAAAUGUCAGAGCAUGUAGAUGAACUCUGGAAUGACUUGGAGAAUUACAUCAGGGAUAAUGAGAAGAAAGCGGACCGGCUGCCUGCUGCCUUCCCAGUAAGUGCCCGUGAAUCAGCCAAGCGGUCAUCCUCAGUCAAAGGCAGUCCCACAAAAUAUCCUCCUGAACCCAGUCAUCCAUCUAAGAGUCCGCCUGGACAUCAACCUAAACACCCUCCUGUGCGCCCAUCGCAAUCAUUCAACAUCCCGGUCAUCAACCUCCCUGACCUUCAAAGUGAUAGAACCACUGAAGACGAAAGUCCAAGUCCUGUUCCCACUUUGCAACCCCUUCCAGUUGUGCCAGAGCCUCCACCGGGCACAGUGAAGAGCAUGCGUAACAGACUGGCCCGUCUCAGCAGCGGUAGUUUCCGGCUAGAGGACGAUGAUCUGGUUGAACUUCCUCCAAGAAUCCCUCCUCAGAGAGAGAAUCUCAUCAAGGAUAUCCAUAGUUUGUUCCCGGGGAAACUGCCAGGCCUGGACUCGUCGCUGGCUUCUUCCUCUCUCCUGCUGGGCGAGUCAGUAGACUUCCCCCUGGAACUUAUGGACAAAACCAAGAGUCGUGUCUUUUUGAUGGCGCGACAGUAUAGCCAAAAGAUAAAGAAAGCCAACCAGCUGCUGCGCAUGAGGAGCAUGGAUCCUGGAGACUCUUGCAGUCGGGCAAGAGCUGACCGAAGGCAGAAAGACCUGGCGGCCAUCCUGGAGGAAAAAAAACAGGGGGGAGCUGCUAUAGGUGCAAGGAUAGCCGAGUAUUCCCACCUUUACGAACAAGUCAUGUUCAAGGAUUCUUCCACGAGUACACACCACACUCAUCCAGGUCUUCCCUCUUCUCCGUCCAUGCCUGAGACCUCUCUGGAGGAGGAAUGGCUCCACUCCACCUACAGCAACGGCGAGCUCUCCAACUUCGUCUGUUCCGCCGGCGACUUGCGCAAUAUGCGGGCCUCUUCCACGCCUCAGCGCAGACUCACGUCUUCCUGCUCCAUCCCAUCUCUUAAGACCACCCCGGCCUCACCGAACAGCCCGCCAUCCCAGAGAUGGAGCUCCUGCAUAUCGGCUCCGAGCGAGAAAGAAGAGCACGUCUACAGUACCAUCAAGCGACAUCCUUCCUUUAACGCACCAUCCUCACCAUCUAGGAACUGUCAGUCGGCCAGCUCUCUGAAUAGCCAGCAGCCAGAGAAAAACAACCAGUCAGGACUCAAAUGUAACGGAUCUACUGUGGAUGGGUCCACAGAAAGACUCCACGGUCCCAGUUUGGGCCGUGCCGGUCGGCAGAGUAGCCUCCCAGAGAGGUCUACUCAAGGAGAGUCGGACCUCACCUUACACGACGGCCAACAUGUGGUGGUCCUGAACCGAGCGUCGGCCCUGAGCAUCCUCGCCGCCACCCAGAACUACUUUGCCAACUUUAAGGACAACGGCGAGGACGAUGACGACUACGUGGAGAUCCGCUCGGAGGACGAAGUGGAACCAGACCAGGGCGGGUCGGCGCGGCAGAGCGGCGGCUCGGUGGCCGGAUUUACCUACCAAAACCGGGGCCUCGUCCAUUCGCGGAGUUUGCCCUGCACGCCCGUGCACUCCAGCGACACGCUGAGAUCUCUGGAACGUGAGCAUCUGGAGAAAUACUUAUGGAGUGAACCACAGCAGAGCCAGCCCAACAUUGUCCAGUCUCUUAGGGAAAAGUUCCAGUGUCUGAGUUCCAGUAGCUUCGCUUAACAUGGCCUCACAACCGAAAGCUAAAUGCAUAUAUAUCGACAUACUACAGCCAUGCAAAUUACAACGAAAGGGGAUCUUGCUACUACCAACAGUUUACCCCAUUAACAAAAGGGAACAUAACACAAAUAUAGCACAAGUUCUACGUAAGCCAAAAUAGAUAUUUUCUAACAUAUGUAAAUACCUAUAUUUUAUGUAACAGGCUUCAACGUAAAAGACGUAUGUUGUUAGAGGUUAACAAUGGCGCUUUAACUCAUGCUUGCAAGCCGCCUUAGCACUUCCGGUCUUCUUAUGAAGUAAUCCAAAUACAACAAAUGGGUGUUAUUGAUUAUAAAUGGUAGGAUCACAUCAGAGAUCAAACCAGACAAGAUCUGAUGAUCUUUGGAGGACCUUGUCUGGCCAACCUCUUCAAACUCUAUUAUUUUAAUCUGCAUUUUCAGCACCUAGCCUGCACAUCUAAUGUUUAAAAUUGUGCUCAUGGCAUUAAACACACUUUAGAAUGUUUCACGUUUGCUGAAUAGCUAUAUUCAGGCUACAUUGUCUCUUUGCACACAUGCACAUUUUAGCAAUAACUGUAACACAAAUAAGGCAAGAUAACAUGUUGGCUAUUACAAAUGUAAAACUCAAACCUAUUAGUCUCUUCACCAACAUUGUCACCAAUUAUUAUGCUUGAAAACAAUCAAACUUGCUCAUAUUUUUCAUUAUCAAUAACAAACUUAAGGCUUCAUAUUUAUUUUGAACAUGUGAGCAAAAGUCAUGUUGUAUAUGAUAUGUCUGCAUCUCAAUGUGGAUUAUUAUUAUAAUUUUUUUGUAAUUACAAAUUAUAUUCUGGGACCAUAAUGGCUAGCAUUGAGAAUUGUUGGUUUAAAGACUACAGCAAUGUAAAAUAGGGAUGGGCAUUAUAAUUGAGAGAGAAUUCUGUCGACAAUGUGUAAUUAAUUGUGAAUUAAUGUCUUCAAUCAGUUAAAUGCACAACUUUGGUUGCAACCACUUCUGUCUGAAGAAGACAACACGAUGUCAGCUAUAGGAAGUUAAACUACAUUCAGGCAUAUUUGGUACCGCAUUGGCAUACAAAGAGGAGUUCAGAACAUUCAGAGUCCAUCCAUGACGAAUAUGUAUAUAUAUAUUUUUUUUAAUUAACAAUGAAUCGAUGAAUUGAGCGACAAUUUUUCCCCAUAGUCAAUGUAUUCAAAUGUCCAUCCCUAUUGUACAUGGUGUUUUACUUCAAUGGAAAGUGAGUGUUUUUCACACAAAUGUAUCACGCUACUGAUUAUACAUCCACAGUUUCAGGGAGGUGUUGAUAAAAGGUUUGUCUCAGUAUGUUUUAUAUAGCGGCAACUUUAGUACAGACUGCACAAACCAUCUUAUUUAUUCCAAAGCAUCCUUAUGAGCUUUUAUGACUAUUCAUGCAAGGGCAGGUCCAUUACAGGUUGUAAAUGAAAGACUAUUGUAUUUAUUAAAAGAUUAUUCUGAUGUUUGGGGGUGUUCAUUCGCCAAAUUCAAAUCAAAUACUGUGAAUUGGUAGCUUUUUUUUUUUCUCCUUUAAAUCAUGCACUGCUUUACGCAAGUUCCAAUUGUAAAGUUAAAAAGCACAACAUCAUGGUCUACUGUUCAUAUCAAGACAGAUGCAUUAAAAAAACAAGUUAGUAAUAUGAAGUAUGUUGUUUUUUUGUUUGUUUCAUUGUACACGUUUGUCCUUGGCUUCACCGGUGGGGAAUAUCGGUCUACAUUGAACCUUUUUUUUUUUUUUU